UUGAGAUGACGGCGUUUGUACUUACUGGAUGGGUGGCAGGCGUUGUAAUUCGACAGAAAUGAGAGUGGUAAAAGGGAAGUGCAGAAGUUCUAAAAGCCAGUCUUCCCUCCAUUUCCGAAAACCAAAAAAGCGUGAAUGUGGUUUUCUGCAAAACCCUAGAAGAUGAGGGGAAGAGAUGACUAUAAAUUCCUAGAGAUCAGAGACGCCAUAGCCUCCAUCAAUCAGAAAGUUAGCCUAAUCGGCGUUAUCGCCGAGUUCGAUUUCCCUAAGAAAACCAAGGGCACUGAUUUCCUUUGUACAGUCAAGAUAGUGGAUGAAUCCCAUCAGGACCCAGGACUUCAAGUUCGUGUUUUUGAGGAAAAUGAGGAAAAGCUUCCCCAUAUAGCUUCAACUGGAGAUAUAAUUCAAUUUAACCAUGUUGUGAUGAAAACUCAUCAUGGAGAUUUAUUUGCUGUUUUCAACAAGAAGAUCUCUUCUUUUGCCUUAUAUGAUGGGAAGGAUAGCGAUAACUUCCUUCCUUAUCAAGUUUCUCCUAAAUUUCAAAGAAGAGAUCUGGACGCGAAGUUCAUAACAGGCCUGAGAAAAUGGGUGGUAAAUUUCCAGAUUGAUGGAGGUUCUGAUGACUUCUCGUUGCUGAGAGAAAUCAAGGAAGGGGAACGUGUUAAUGUGGUUUGUAAGAUAGUUCAUGUAUGUGAGGUAGAUAAAGAUAAAUGGAUGGCCUUUGUUUGGGAUGGAACUGAUACUCGACCAGCUUGUAUUCCUACAAGGCUAGAAGAUGAAAAGGAUCACCCACUUCCUUUACAUUUGGAACCCUUGCCUUUGCCUAGAGAUGUAUUAUGUACUUUACCCCAGCUUGGAACUGUGUUAAGGGUGAUUUUUUCCCAAGGCAUUGAGAAGCAUUGCCUUCACUUGCUAAAAACUGGUUACUGGGUGAAAUUUGUCAAUGUACUCUUUGAGGUUGAAGGAGGAUUGUGGCGUGGUGUAUUGACACCUUUCACAAAGCUUCGAUAUACUCCAAAUGAGGAUAGUCUUGUACUAGAGCGCCAAAGGAUAUAUGAUUUGCGGUUAUCUUCAAGAUCACUGCUGGCUCGACUUCCAUUCUUUAGCUUUCCUUGUACAUCACGAAUUACAGAAGUUGGCCAUAAAGAUGUGCCAUGUGUUACAUUGAUGGAUGUUCUCACUUAUUCAGAGGUGACAGCUAAAUUCAUGUGUGUGGUACGAGUUGUAGCUGUAUUGCCAUGGCAGCCUGAAGAUUUCUAUUUUUGUGGAACUUACAGAAUUAGGCUCACUCUGGAGGAUCCAACAGCCAGAAUAUAUGCUUAUUUGUAUGCAGAAGAUGGGGAGAAGUUUUUUGGUGGUUAUCCUACUGCUGAUGUGUUGACAAGGAAGCGGAAUGUAUUGCUUGGAAUGACGGCUGCAGAUGAUAAUGGCAAGGAAACAGAGGGUGCUGCUAGAAAUCCACCAUGGAUACACUGUUGCCUCAAAUCUUAUUACCUGACAAAAAGUGAUCCUUGGGGAAGUAGACACUAUCGAAUAUUUGGCACCAAAUUGGUGGUUUGAGUUGGAUGAUUAUUGUUUUCAAUAUGUAUAUAUAUAGAGAUCUAGAUGCUGUCUGGAUGUCCAUGGUGCAUAGAACUUAAAUCGUAUGAUAUCCUAAACAUAGUUUAAAAAUGGUAUUUAUGCAUGCGGGUGGCAAAUGUCUUGUUAUUUU